AGGCCACCCGCCCGAGAGUUGUCCAUGUGGCAGCCACCAUGUGACGCGAAUGAGAAUCAGAAUAAGUUAGCGAUUGGUGGAUCCACGUGGGCUCGUCCCCGCCCCGACCGGCUUCCUCGUCCUUGUCCUUCGUCCUUCCCUUACCAGGCCCUUUUUCUCUCUUCUGCGUGGUUCCGGCGCUUCCUCUCCCAUUUCUCGGCCUUUUUGCGCUGGUUUUCACCUUUUCCCACUUGUAGAUCUGUUCAAUUGUCACCUUUCGAUAGUGAACAAUGGCUGGAAAUCCACCGAUGCCUCCUGGUCCUGGAAAGAAGCAACCCUACAAAGUCGCUGAUAUCAGUCUGGCAGAAUGGGGAAGGAAGGAAAUCAUCAUGGCCGAGAACGAAAUGCCAGGGUUGAUGUCAUUGAGGAAAAAGUAUGGUCCAUCAAAGCCCUUGAAAGGAACAAGGAUUGCAGGGUGUCUUCACAUGACCAUCCAGACUGCUGUCCUCAUUGAAACUCUCCUAGAAUUAGGAGCUGAGGUUCAGUGGUCAAGCUGCAACAUUUUCAGCACUCAAGAUCAUGCAGCAGCAGCCAUUGCCAAACAAGGAGUGCCAGUAUAUGCAUGGAAGGGUGAAACCGAAGAGGAAUAUAUCUGGUGCAUUGAACAGACUCUCAUCUUCAAUGAUGGCCAGCCAUUGAAUAUGAUCUUGGAUGAUGGAGGGGAUCUGACAAAUCUUGCUCAUACCAAAUACCCUCAUCUGUUGGAUGGGGUGAAGGGGAUCUCGGAGGAAACCACUACUGGGGUCAAGAAUCUUUACAAACUCUUGAAAGCAGGCUCCCUUCGUGUGCCUGCCAUCAAUGUCAAUGAUUCAGUCACUAAGAGCAAGUUUGACAACUUAUAUGGAUGCCGUGAAUCCCUGUUGGAUGGGAUUAAACGUGCCACAGAUGUGAUGAUGGCAGGCAAGGUGUGUUGUGUGGCUGGCUUUGGUGAUGUUGGAAAGGGAUCUGCCCAGAGCAUGCGUGCCUUUGGCGCUCGUGUCCUUAUCACUGAAAUUGAUCCCAUCAAUGCCCUUCAGGCUGCUAUGGAGGGAUAUGAGGUGACAACCAUGGAAGAAGCAGCUGCAAGGGCACAGAUCUUUGUUACAGCCACAGGAUGUACAGACAUCAUCAGGGGAGAGCACUUCAUGAAGAUGCGAGAUGAUUCCAUCGUCUGCAACAUAGGGCACUUUGAUGAUGAAUUAGAUGUGAAAUGGCUGAAUGAGAAUGCCAAAGAGGUGGUGAACAUCAAGCCACAAGUGGACCGAUACACAUUGUCCAAUGGGAAUCACAUCAUCCUACUGGCCGAGGGGCGAUUGGUGAAUCUGGGUUGUGCUACCGGUCAUCCAUCCUUUGUCAUGAGCAACUCCUUUUCCAAUCAAGUCUUGGCUCAGAUUGAACUCUGGACAAAACAGAGCGAGUAUUCUGUGGGGGUUUAUAUUCUUCCCAAGAAGCUCGAUGAGGAAGUGGCAGCAUUACACCUGGAGCAUCUUGGUGUGAAAUUGACCAAGCUUACCCCGGCUCAGGCCAAGUAUCUUGGUGUUCCAAUUGAAGGUCCUUACAAGCCUGAGCACUACAGAUAUUGAAGUCAUCACUCUCAUGAUGUUGCACACCCACAUGCACUUGUGAACCGGAAAAGGAAAAAUAAAUGCCACCUAUUGAUUGGGUUUGAGAAUUCCACCGCAUCAGAGA